AUGGCCCAAGGAUGGGGUAUUCAUAUUGAAGAACGACCAGACUGGCCGCUGUUUGCAGCUUUCAUGUUCCUCUUUCUGCUCCUCAGUGGUUUGGUCGCUGGGAUCUAUUCAUUUAAGACUGGAGACCAUCCGACAGGGGUUGCGAUCGGUGCUUGGCUUACAGCUGUCCAGGCCAUGGGAAUGACUGCGUUGUUUUUCUGGUGGACAUAA